AUGUACCAGGACAUGAGUCCAGAGCGUGAGGGACUGGCCAGACUGUACGAGGACCUGGCCAAGCAAAAAGUUACACAGAACAAGUUAAGUUCCCUGCCCACGGGCCGCACCGUCAACGUGCGAGUUGGAGUAUCGCAAGUGUUAGAAUCCAAGCAGACUAUUGAGACCCAGCUUUAUUUUGAGAUGAGUUGGAACGACAAGGAUCUAGCAUGGGACGCACAGAAUUACUCCAAUUGGUCGUUCGUAUCUUUACCAUCUGGGCUAUUGUGGCACCCCGAAGUUUUUGUGCUCAACAUCGACUCAGACAGUGGCACGAACUAUCUGCUACCAGAGUCUAACACAGUCCUGCUGAACUCAAGCGGGGUCAUUGUGUACCGACUCCUGACCUCGAUCACGACCUUUUGCAACUUUGACCUCACCUACUACCCCUUCGACACGCAGACGUGUAUCAUCGUCAUGGGUUUGAACGGAGACGGCGUCACCAUUCUGGUCCAGCCCUCCAUCUUGAACGAUUCCGUGCUUGAACUUGACAUUGAACCCCUUCAAGGCGAAUGGGCCAUGCUGGACAAAAGGUUCGAGGUGAAAACAUCUAAUCUCAAUAUACCCUAUGUUAAGUUGUACGUGUCCAUCAGACGUGCCACGUUGUACUACAUCCUGUGCGUGGUCACCCCCAUGGUGGUGACGUCACUGCUGACCCUGGUCGUGUUCUGGAUCCCGCCCGACUCUGGGGAGAAGAUGUCCUUCAUGGUGUCCAUCUACAUGUCCACGUCGUUGUUCUUGAGCUUCGUGGGUUCCACCAUGCCGAGAAAUCUCACCAAGACAGAAAAAAUCCCCCGAAUAAUGCUAUUCAUUUCUUUCAUUAUUAUCGAGGGUAUCCUAUCUAUUAUCGCUACUGUUUACGUCAUGCGCAAGUAUCGUCAAGAGCAGAAACUACUUCCGGACGGAAAGGAUGCUAAAAAUUCUAAAAUAGCGACUUCAGGAACAGUCACUCCGAUGGCUUGUGUUGAGGAUAACGUUAGUGUAAAGAAAGACAACCACGAGUCGUGUUCAUUGAAAGAGAAGAUGAUCUGUUACAUUAAAACUAAAGUCAAUAAUGUUUCCGCUGAAAGCGUCGACCGUUUGUUUUUUGCAAUGUUUUUGACAGUUUCAGUGCCAUUUUAUGCACUGGUUUUUGUUGUAUAACACUACAGUUCUCAGCCAA